CGUUUGUUAACCGUCAGUAGACACAAGAAGAAGAAGCAAGGUUGACUUUGGUAACAGCUUGACACGAUGGUUAGUUAAGGUAAUACUACCGCAUGUCAAAAUCGUGGGUCACAAGCUAACAUGCGUUCACAAUGAGGCUACAGUCAGCAAACAUGAGCACCGGGCAUGAUCGCGGUACGGUCAGCGUUAGUGAUGGCAAGCCGGACUCUGCUGUGUCAUCCUCCGGGCACAUCCUGCAGGUUUUCAGGCAGAUGAAGGUAGAACACCUGGUUGCUGGUCUCAGCGGAGGAGUUUUGUCAACGAUGGUGGUUCACCCUCUUGACCUGGUCAAAAUCAGGUUUGCAGUGAGUGAUGGUUUGGAAUUAAGGCCCAAGUAUAGUGGCAUACUGCACUGUAUGAAGUGUGUGUGGCAGCAGGAAGGACUGAGGGGGCUCUAUCAAGGAGUAACCCCCAACGUGUGGGGUGCUGGAGCAUCUUGGGGCCUCUACUUUUUCUUCUACGAAGCAAUCAAAGCGUACGUACAAGACGGACAUCACGCAGAACUGAGUGCCACACAACACCUGGUGUCUGCAGCCGAAGCAGGCAUCCUUACACUCACCAUAACCAACCCCAUCUGGGUCACCAAGACCAGGCUUGUGCUGCAGUACAGUUCUGACCCAACUAGUAAACAGUACAAGGGGAUGCUGGAUGCACUGGUCAAGAUCUACCGCAUGGAGGGGGUAUCAGGUCUCUACAAGGGUUACGUUCCUGGUCUCUUUGGAACAUCCCACGGUGCGCUGCAGUUCAUGGCCUAUGAGCAGCUCAAGAGACGCUACAAAAAAUACAAGAAGGUUUCUUCAGAUGCAAAGCUGAACGCAUUGGAAAACAUCAUGACGGCGGCGCUAUCCAAAAUAUUUGCCGUGGCCACAACGUACCCAUAUCAGGUGGUGCGAGCUCGACUGCAAGACCAGCACAACACAUACGAUGGCGUUGUCGAUGUCAUCCGGCGGACAUGGAGGAAUGAAGGUGCCACUGGGUUCUACAAAGGCAUCAUCCCCAACCUGAUCCGUGUCACUCCAGCAUGCUGCAUUACAUUUUUAGUGUAUGAAAAUGUCUCUCGUUUGCUUCUGGGCCCAAGAUAAUGUCUAACAGUAAAGCAGCAUUUCCACUUGAAAAUAUAUGAAAUGAGCCAAUGAAUGUGGCGAUUCCUGUUUUCCGUGAGGAUGUAACGCUGCUGUGAAAUCAGUGUUUUUACAGUCAUGUGUACAUGUUUCCAAAGAUUCUAUAAAAUUUUUGUAUGGUUAA